ACAAUGAUACAAAUACAGGAUAUAUGAAUUUAAAAAUGUUGAGGCUUCUGGAGGAGUUUGUUGUCCUAAUGAUGAACAGGAAAAGCAAAAAUGUGUCUUUGUGUUCACUAAAAAUGAGCAAAAUACAGGAUGCAGAGCAACCCUGCAAAGAGUAAACUGCUGAAGAGCGUUCAGUGUUUUUAUUUCUGUCUGCAGUCUUCAGCUUGCUGAUAAGAUUCACAGCAACGCCCAACACGAAGGUCACCAAUGUGAAAGCAGCCGAGCUGUGGGAGACAUCAGCACCACCGUCCAUACCAAACAACAGACACAGGAGGACAGGGACGGUUGACGUUGCUGUGGUCAGCUCUUCAGUAGCCAGUCGAAGCUGAAGCCACUUCUUACUCAGACUCACAGAAGCCGAAGUAAACGCAGCGACCACAGGAGAAGCCGCAGAUCGAGCCGAUCCGUUUGCUGCUUUGUUGAAGUUGCAGCUUUUUGUGACGGCCUGAUCACAUAUAAAAUGUGAAAGGAAGUAACUCCAAAAGGAGCGGGGCUGGCCAGACUAACAGAGCCAAGUCAGUGAGAAGAGUUCCUCAAAACAAAAAUAAGACAUCAUAAUUCACAGUGAUCAGCUUCACUCUCUGCCCACUCCUCUGAUCACAGACGAAACCCAGAGACGCUCAACAGAAACCUGAACAUGGCAGUUUAUGGUGAAAUGAUUCUGUGGAGCUUCGUGUUCCUGCUGGCAGCUGCUGUGGGUCAAACUGUGAUCUAUUCUCUCACAUCUACCUGUGCUGUCAGAGGAUCCACUGUCACCCUCCCCUGCACCUUCACACCUCGGAAGUCUUUCAGUGACGGUGGGAAAGAAGUUCCUCUAAAGAUCGUCAGAGUCCGCUGGUGUAAGAACCAUGAGAUCUGUCAGGGCGGCACUCCGUCUGUGUUUGACAUUAACUCAGCAAACAGCGAUCCUCGUUAUCAAUAUCUGGGAGACAUGAAGACAAACUGCACUUUACAGAUCAGAGAUGUUCAGCAGGGAGACAGCGCAACCUUUCGCUUCAGGAUGGAAGCUGAUCAUCCUGAAGGACAUUUUACUAACAGGACAGGAGUGACUGUCAGAGUCGAAGAUUCGACCAAAAAGAGAAUAAUUCGCUCCAGUGAUGAUAAAAAGUUGAGCAGAGGUGAAACCGUCACACUGCUCUGUGCUUCAGUCUGCACUUUCCACCAACUGGAGGUCACCUGGUUCAAAGAUGGCCACGCCCUCUCAGAGACUGGCCCCUCCCUCCGUCUCAGCCCUCUGACUGCAGAGGAUUCUGGGAACUACACCUGUGCUCUGAAGAAGAACAUGAGGACUCUGUCUGAGCCGUACAGCCUGCAGGUGGAGGCUGGAGCAGCUGACGGUGUCCUUCGUCUGGUUCUUGGGGUGGUGUUUGGUCUCCUGCUGGCUGUGAUCCUGCUCGUACUCUUCAUCUUCAUCAUCAAAAGGAAGCUGGCAGCAGCAGAGGAUCAGAGGGCUGUGGGAGGUGAUCCGGAGCAGAAGCAUCCUGAUAGCAUCUACAGCAACAUCAUGAAGUCUGUACAAACGGAAGCAGCUCAGCAGCAGGAACCCAGCCGAGCCGUGGAGGACGUCAGCUACGCCUCCGUCCAGUUCAAACAGAAGAAACAGGAGGGCAGGCGCUUUCAGGCGGCCGACGAUGACGUUGUCUAUUCCUCAGUGUCCAGUCGAGGAUGAAUCGCAGCUCUCUCACUCCUUCCAUCCACCAAUCAGCUGCAGGAAGCUGUGAGCUGUGGCAGUUUGUGUUAAUCUGUUUGAUGCUUUAAUGCAGCUGCUGCUCCACUCUGACUUUAAUACAGAACUAUUAAAAAACCUCAGAGAGAUGGACCAAAGGUGUAUCUGCAAAAGCUCUGUGGUGCAGAGCAUGUGUGCUGUAAGGUGGAGGAAGUCAUGAACGCAGCUCAGUCCAGACUGGAACGCUGUUGUCCUGUCCAUGUCGGGAAUAACUCACAAUCUAAUUAUUUGUUUCUGGGCUCCCAUAAUCUGCUCUACACUCUCUCUGUUAUUCCACAUCCAUUAUUUUCCCAGUCAUCUGGAAGCUGGUUUGAAACUCGAGUCUGAGUGAAGGACCCAGCACACUUCUUCUUACAGCGCUCAUUAAACCAGCAGGAGGAAAAAUUAUACUCUUCAGAGUCUGAGCUGCUCUUCUCUGAUCAGCUCGUCUGGUUGUUCUGAGAACAAAAGCUAAAACUUUAUGUUGCUGAACUACAACCAUCAUUGUGUCCUCCACAUGCUGCUCGAUUUGAGCCGAGCGAUCUGCACAGAAUUCACUUUUAUAGCCGUACAGAUGAUUAAGUUUAGGAUUAGAAAGCCUCGUUGGUCCCAGGCCUGUAUCACUGCCACUCAACUCAUUUGAUUCUUCAUCGUCUCUGUGAUUGUCACACAUGUUUGGUUAGUGAUCACACGUCUGCAAAA